CUCAGCAAUACCCUACCAGUCGCACAUAAAAUUUACCUGCUCCUGCACACAGCGGCCGACUUCAGUCUCAACUCAGGUAUCGGUAUCGGUUUCAUUCAAAGCACGGCAAAAGUUGUAGGCCCAUCCUUCACUCUACCAACGGAGGUGCAAGCACACGGCAUCGACCGUGGCCAGUUCAGAGCCAAGAACCUCAAAACGCGCGGAAGAGCUCAUAUGUUCGCCCUCAUACUUGCCAUGGGGCUAGCGCACAGUACAAUCAGGCGAAAAUGCUCUGUGGUUUGCCAGAGGUAA